AUGCCUUCAUUUCACUGUCGACUCACCCGUUCAGUGAAAUUAGCACUUUCCUGCUGUUUGGUGUUAUUUCUCCUCAUAUUCUACCUCCUCCCCUGGACCACCCCGCUGCAACCAACACACCUACCUGUGGGAGACCAGGGAACACUCAGAGGAUCUUUGCCUGGACAUGAUCCCUCACAGCGCAACUGUCCUCCUGGAGUUUACAGCAAGGAGGAGCUGAAGCCUCCACUUCAGAGGCCUCUCCAAGAUCUCAGAGCGCCGGGGGCAGGCGGAAAACCCUUUGUAUAUCAACAGAUGUUUUUUGAGGAACGUGUAGAGAAAUCACGAGGGUAUCUUAAACACCAGUUCAACCAGUUUGCCAGUGAUCGCAUCUCCUUGCACCGUGAUCUGGGCAAAGACACAAGGCCUCCAGACUGCUUGAAGCAGAAGUUUUGGCGAUGUCCCGGCCUCCCGACCACCAGCGUGAUCAUUGUGUUUCAUAAUGAGGCCUGGUCCACCCUGCUCAGGACGGUGUACAGUGUCUUACAUACAGCUCCUGCUGCUCUGCUCACAGAGAUCUUACUGGUGGAUGAUGCCAGCACAGAUGAUCACCUGAAGUCUCGUCUGGAUGAAUACGUGCAGCAGCUGAGUAUCGUCCGUGUUUUACGUCAGACAGAGUGGAAAGGUUUGGUCGCAGCCAGACUGUUAGGAGCUCGAGCUGCACGAGGAGAAGUCCUCACCUUCCUGGAUUCCCACUGUGAAUGCUUCCCUGGAUGGCUGGAGCCUCUUCUAGCUCGAAUAGCUGAGCAACCUACCGCUGUGGUGAGCCCAAGAAUCCCUGGCAUUGACAAAGAUUCCCUAAAGUUCACUAAACCAGUCCCUAAUCCGCGGUAUUACAGCCGAGGAGUUUUUGACUGGGCGUUGGUGUUUGCAUGGGAGGUCAUCCCUGAAAGGGAAAAGAAGCGACGGAAGAAUGAGACUUAUCCAAUCAGAACUCCUACCUUUGCUGGUGGCCUGUUCUCGGUAUCUAAAUCGUACUUUGAGUAUAUUGGGACUUAUGAUGACCACAUGGAGUUCUGGGGAGGUGAGAAUUUGGAAAUGUCCUUCAGGGUGUGGCAAUGCGGAGGUCAGCUGGAGAUUGUUCCUUGUUCUGUUGUUGGGCACAUUUACCGCGAACAUAGCCCCCACACUUUCCCCAAUAGGAGCGCUACAAUAGCUCGCAACCUGGUGCGCCUGGCCGAGGUCUGGAUGGACGACUACAGAUUUGUCUUCUAUCGUUCAAACAGAGAAGCGGCCUCCAUUUUGAAGGCGAAUUCAUUUGGAGAUGUGGCAGAACGUCGUGAACUCAGGAAGCGAUUAAAGUGCAAGAGCUUCUCUUGGUACCUGAAAAAUAUCUACCCAGAAGCCUAUGUCCCUGACAUCAGGCCUGCCAUGUCCGGACAGUUAGAAAACAUUGGCUUAAAGUGCCGCCUGGAUGUGGAGAUGAGGAAAAGGCAGCCGGCUUCCAAGUUCAGAUGUAACAUAAGCGGUAAAGGACAGUAUUUCGAGUACACAUCCUGGCAAGAGAUCCGACUCAUCGCCCACUUAAAGUUGUGUUUACAUGCGACCCCUGGAGAACCUCAGGUGUCUCUUAAACAGUGUCGACUGAAGGGAAAAGCAGCACCAGAACAAGUGUGGAUCUUCACACAGAAAAAGUACCUGAAGAAUCCUUCAUCAGGCAAGUGUUUGACAGUGGCAGGAAGAAACGUGGCCAUGGCGACCUGCUCAUCCACCAGAGUCAGUCAGAACUGGGUCUUCAUCAGUGACUAG